CUGGAUGGCCCGGCCAUGCCUCCACCAGAAGGCGAAGUCAGCAACUUCACCGAUCCUCCAAACCAGAAUGGAAUGGCUGUGGCAGUCAUGACUGUGUGCAUUGCUGUUGUGGUGCUUUGUCUAGCAACCCGAGCCUAUGCUAGGCUCGUGCUGUUGAAAAGAGCACAAGCUCAGGAGUAUCUGAUUCUGGCUGCAUUUGGGUGCUUUGUCGGUUGGUCUUAUUGCACCAUGAGUUUGGUACCGAGCCCCGGCUUCUAUGUUCACACUUGGAAUGUCAGGCUUGGACAAACUGUCAUGAUGGAACUAACAACUACUCGCCAGCAUGUUCACCUUGCUGGUGUCUUCUAUUCAGUUUGCCUUCCUCUUCUCAAGAUAUCCAUCAUGGUGGAAUGGUUAGGGAUAUUCUCUUCUCCAGGCACUAGGAACUGGUUCUUCUGGGUUUCUUGGAUCAUGAUCAGCGUUCAGGUUGCGUUUGCAAUUGCCGCCGUCAUCGCCCUGAACUUGGCCUGCAUUCCAACCAAGAAGAAGUGGGAGUUCUGGCUUCCGGGCAAGUGCAUCAACGCUCACGAUAUCGAGACGGUCUCUGCCGCUUUUCAGCUGAUAUCCGACUGCAUCGUUCUCCUUCUUCCACAGAAGGUCAUCUGGGAUCUUCGUCUGAGCUGGAAGAAGAAGCUGGGUGUGUCGAUCAUCUUCUCACUCGGUAUCCUUGCUUGCGUCUCUGCUGCCUUCCGUCUCGCCGGCACCGUCCAAUAUGCCGAGGCCGUCGACUCCAUUUACAAUAUCGGCCCCGUGUGCUUCUGGGCGUACGCUGAAAUGACCUGCGGGUUCAUCGUUGUCUGCGUGCCAUGCGUACCCAAGAUUCUCAUGGAGAGUGGUGUCUGGCGCAAGAUGAAGAAGGGUUUUGGCCAGAGUGUUACGGCCACCUCCAAGAGCCAAAGCGGUGCAACCACCGGGAGGUCUCAGAAUAUACGCUCCGUCAACAAUUCAUACACCGAGAUUGACGAAACCGAGUUGAAGGACUUUCGAUCCGAGUCGACGGAGCACCUCCGUCACGCUCCGGCCAAGGUAGAGCAGGGCAUCAAACGUACUACUCAGGUGACUGUCACGCAGAGCUCG